AUGGCUCUGUCAAACAACGGGUACCUUGAGCAUUUGUCACUGCGAACAGUAGCUCUUCAAGAUCCAUUUGAUGCUGGGUUUUCCUUUUUUGAUGUUCUUCAGAAGCACAACAACACUACUCUUUCCCACUUGGCGGUUUCUGACCAAAAGAAUUGUCACAUUUCCAGUUUUGAUCGAGGUAUUAUCAAGCGGCAGAUCAUGUACUCUACACAGGGGUCCGUGCGAGAUUAUCAGCUAGCAAGAAAGCUGUCGUACUUGAUUUCUUCGAACAAGUUUGGACGGGCCAUGGUCCAAGACAAGGGAACAACCAAGGAAGAGUUGAUUCAUCUUCUCGUUGGUGUAGAAGCCUGGAUCCAAGUCAAGACGAGUGGGUAUCCGUUCUACGGUGAACUCUUGACCCUUGCUGACGACGAUACCCUGGAUAAAUCAUCUCUGGAAUACCUGGAUCUGCUGUACCAAACGCUUGGGGACUCGGAUCAUCUGUCAUUUCGCAACCGAGAUGGCUUUUGGUGCUAUGCUUUUGAUCGACACCUCGACAGUCUGAGCAUCCAGUAUGGACUGCUUCUUGAAUCACCAUCCUUGUGGCUUCGCAAUGACGAGUAA